AAUAGACUCGACACACCUUAACCUCACCAAACCGACUCAUAACUUGAAUCCACACCUCUUCUCAUAAUGUGCUACUGUGCUAGUCAAGUAAUUCGUAUUUGCUAGUAGCAAUUUUUAGAGAACGGAGUUAUUCCGUACUUUACUUGGUAAUUCUGAGUUGUUUUAUAAUUUUGCGCUCCAGUUUAGAUCCACUGUGUGAGCGAGCUUUGAUCUCCAUCAACAAUGGCGGUCUCCCAUCUUCAUCAGAGACCGACACACAAACGCCCUUCUUCCUUUCUAAAUCGCACAAAUCUCACCCUCCUUUUCUCUCUCCUCAUAAUCCUUGGCUUCUUCUACCCUUAUCUGGGAAUCUCCCAAUCCUUUUUCUCAAAUACCAACUUCGCUUUUCAGUCUAAAUGGCGAAAUUACUCCCUCCAAGAAGCUGUUUCAUUUGUUGGGCGAAAUGGGACUGUCAUUGUUUGUAUAGUUAGUGAACCUUACUUGGAUUUUUUGAACAAUUGGUUGAUUAGUGUUACCAGACAUAAACAUCAAGAUAAAGUUUUGGUGAUUGCUGAAGAUUAUAACACUUUGUAUCGGGUUAAUCAAAGAUGGCCUGGUCAUGCUGUGCUUAUUCCUCCAGUUCUUGAAUCUAAUUCUGCCCAUAAAUUUGGUUCCUUGGGGUUCUUCAAAUUUACGGCUAGGAGGCCUCGCCAUCUUCUGAAUAUACUGGAGCUUGGAUAUAAUGUCAUGUACAAUGACGUUGAUAUGGUUUGGUUGAAAGACCCAUUUCCUUAUUUGGAGGGAAAUCACGAUGUCUACUUUAUGGAUGAUGUAGCUGCGGUGAAGCCUUUGAACCAUUCCCAUGCCUUACCACCUCCAGGGAAAAAGGGACGACCUUAUGUUUGUAGCUGCAUGAUAUUCCUGCGGCCCACGACUGGUGCCAAGUUGGCUAUGAGAAAGUGGCUUGAGGAGCUUCAGGAACAGCCAUGGACCAGAGCAAAGAAAGCUAAUGACCAGCCUGCAUUUAACUGGGCUUUGAUGAAGAUAGAAAAACAGGUGGAUAUGUAUCUGCUUCCCCAGUCUGCAUUCCCAACUGGAGGUUUGUACUUCAAGAACAAGACAUGGGUACGUGAAACUGAAGGCUCACAUGUUAUCAUUCAUAACAAUUACAUCAUAGGAUUUGAGAAGAAAAUAAAGCGUUUCCGUGACUAUGGCCUCUGGCUAGUCGAUGAUUAUGCUUCAGAAUCUCCCCUUGGCAAGCUAUAGAAGUAUCAAAGGGUAUGGUGAUGAUUUCGAGUACUAAACCUAGCGUUGAAGGUUGAACUGCAUUUGUAAUCUGAUUUGGCUGAGCUGCAGCAUGUUUCAGCCACUAGCUAUGGCAUAUGCUCAAAUUUUGAGCUGCUGUAGAAUUCCUUCUUUGGUUGUAAUCUCAAGCGAGCUCAUUUUAACGAGAUUUUGGCAUUUUCUGGCUCUUGAAGUCCCUUUGCUGGAGUAUUAUUGAGCCACCAAAGUUUGUGCUGAUGUAAAAUGGUACUCCAGUAUACACAAUUGCACAUAGCCGUAGGAGAGAAGCUUUAAAUUUAGCGGAUAGUAAUUAAAGUUGAUUAAUUCUAAAAAGUCAAUUGUAUUUUACUGUAUUUAUUUAUACUAUUACUACGUAUCAAAUAGAUUAAACAAAGUCAAUUGCU